AUGCCGGGAGUUUUCAGGAAGCACGCGGAGGCUAUAUACAACUUCAAAGUUCGACCUGAUGACGUAUGGGUUGUCUCAGUACCAAGAUCAGGCUUAAAGAAAGCGUCUCAGACCCCAAGCUGGAAAACUUUAGAAAUGGCGCCUUCACCACGCUUCAUUAAAACUCACCUACCUCUAUCGAUGCUCCCUCCUAACUUACUCAACACUGCCAAAGUUAUCUACGUAGCUAGGGAUCCUAGGGACGUUGCUGUCUCCUACUAUUAUUUGCACAAAAUGAUUGCUAAGAAAUUCAUGCGAGCCUCCUUCACAGAUUUUUGGAAUGCAUUUAAGAGAGACUUAUUACCCAUGACACCAGUUAUUGAACACGCCAACGAAUCCUGGAACCAAAGACAUAACAAGAAUCUACACUUUUUAUUCUAUGAAGACAUGAAAAAGGACUUGGUAAAAGAAAUACAAGGUGUAUGCAAAUUCUUGGACCGAAAUUACACAGAUGAAAAAAUAAAUGAGUUAGCCAGUCAUCUUAGUUUCGAUAGUUUUCGUAAUAAUAAAAAUGUAAAUAACAACGCUGACGGAGAUGGGAAGAUUCAAUUUAUACGGAAAGGAGAAGCCGGUGGCUGGCGAACACAUUUUGACGCCGAGAUGAAGAUUGAAGCCGAAGACUAUCUUUCAGAAAGGCUUAAAGGACUCGACUUGAAAUACCCGUCUUGGGGCUCAAAAUAG